AUGUCCAAUCUGCCACUACAAUCAGCAGUGAAUCAUAAUGAUGAUAAUGAUGAACAGAUCACCCCUUCAACAAAUAAACUCUCGACACUUAAUAGUCGAAUAACGUCACCAUUGAUUAUCAAACGACAGCAAAAUAUCGAAACCGAAACAGCAAAUAACCAAGCAUAUGAUGAAAUACACGACUUACAGCCAAGACAUUCCUCAAUCAAAAAAACAAAUAACGAUAAUUCAAAACAACGCUAUCAAUCAAAAUCGAAUAGUUCUCACGAUUUAAUGCAGGGCAACUAUUAUGAUCCAACGCGAUAUGAUGUCAUUUCUUCGUCAAAUCAUCUCUCUCAUCCACAAUCAAUUCACAUCAACAUUGAUGAAUAUAAAAAAACGAUUACUCCUAAUUCGACAAGCAAAGCUAAUAGUAACAAGACUCGUUCAACUUCACCACCAUUUGGUCAUACAAGUGAAUCAAUUCAACAAGGCAUCGCUCAAAGUGCUGGCAUACUUCUCGAAUUGAAUAAAAAACAACAUCAGCAGAAGAGCUCGAUGAAAACUAAUUAUCAGUCUCAUGAUCGAACAACACUGGAUAGUUAUCUAUUGAAUGAAAAUGAAACCAAGAAACAACGUUCAGUGUCGGCAUCGUCAUCAGCGUCCGAUUGUUCCACAUCAGAUUCUUCAUCAUCAAAUAAACGUGAUGAUGCUUGCGAGAAAUCAAACAUUCCCUAUAAGACAUUAACCAAUGAUGAAAACGAAGAUAAUGAAGUCUUAAGCGAACAAACAGAAAAGCCUGCAACAGAAUCCACAUUCUUAAAUAAGAAUUACUCUCAGACUUAUGGUACUCAAUCUAUCAGUGAACGUAGUAAAUAUCUGCCUAACAAUGGCUACAAUUCGCAUGGUUCGUCAAUAACAACGAAGUCUUCAUCAGAUAAUAGUGGAAGUAUACGUACGAAUUCCGGUUCAGAUAACGAUGAGGAAUCCGACGAAGAACCUUUUAAUAACUCAUCGAUAUCAAAUAAUUCAAAUUCGACAUCAUCAAAAUGCAUAAACAAACCCAAUGAUAUUCGUUAUUCAUAUUCAAGUGGACAAAAUAGUUAUCAGUCACGACGAACGAAUAAUAGUCGUUCGGAACAAAUUGGUAAUAAUGAUGAACAUCAUUUACAAGUACCUCGUUUUAAACAACUUCCUAAUGAUGACCCAAGCGGCAAUAAAACUCUCAGUAAAUUAAAUUCUGGCACUGAUCAUACCACACUUCCCAAUACAUCAACGUGGCCUUUACAACAAUCAUCUGUUAAUCAAAUCAAUAGUUUAUCAUCAUCAUCAUCUAGUCAUCAAAAUCGAAAUCUUGUCGAUCGUCAAGAACAACAACAAUACCAAUCCAAUUCAUCUCGAAAUAAUUCUCGUCAACAUCAGAUUCGCACAACAAAAAAACGAAAACAAUCUCAACAGCAAGAAACAAUUCGCACUGAGUUGAUACCUGGACAUCGUGGUAACCUUGAUGUCGAUGAAUUGGUCAUGUUCAUUGAUGGAAAUCCAUCAAAACGAGGACAAAAUUCAUCAUCGCUGAACUCAACCGAUGCAAACAAACCGAAAUUGAAUACGUUAAAUGACUCCAAUAGUAAUAAAACAGCACCUCGAAAAAAAUCUCGGAAGACCACAAAGAGUCUUCAACAACCCAUUUCGGUAACAGACGAUUAUGAAAAUGAAAUAUCCACAUCGGUUACAUUCAACCAAUCCCAUUCGGAAGCGAACUACGUGGAUAAUGAAAGCAAUCUAACUACACAUUCAAUUGUUGAUAUAACCAAUCAGUCCUUAGAAGACAGAACUGUAUCAACAACAAAUAAUAAUGAAUACCGAUCAGAUAUAACUAAUAUUACGGCAGUAGCUAUGACUAAUGGCGUCAAUUCAUUACCGAAUUGGUUUGAACAAACUCGUGAUAUAUGUUCGCCAAAUGACGAUAGCAAUUCGCUUCAUUUGUCAUCUACGAUGACUAAUCGUUCGAACAGUGAACCUAUUUCUGAACCGUUUGUAACUGUAACACAUCGUCGUCGUUUGCUUAAAGAACGCCGCCAAGACAAUAAUUCUUCAUCGAUACGUUCAUCCGGUUUACCACUGCAGCCAGUAGCACCAUCACAAUUCUCGUCGUUUUCGAACAACAAUAGUGAUAAGCGACGCAUAUCAUGCGCGAAACAUAAUGGAACGCAACGUACGGCUGCACAAUCAAAUCAUUCGAAUAAUAAAUCUAUCAACACAUCAACAUCGAUAGAAGAAAAUAAAAACAACAAUAAUAUUGGCAAUAUCAACGCAGUCCUUUCUGAACCUGCAUCUCAACAAUCUCCAUCAUUAUCAUCUUUGACCAGUAAUCCUGUUCCAGAGUCAACGUCAGAAAAGCGACAAUCAUCUCCUCGUCUCUCAUCUCAAUCAUCGUCAUCAUCGUUAUCAUCACUAAUAAAGCGCCCAUCAAAACCUCCACCUGUUGUCUUUCUAAAUAAGUCUGCCGGCGUGGAACUGAACGAUGUUUCAUUUGGCUUCGAUCUUGAUUCAACAUCAUUGAAUAAAUCGCUGGAUGAAACAAACGAAAAAUCUUCGACAGAUCAUAUUGAUGCUGAGUCGACGAAUGCAUCUAUGCCAUCAACGGUCGGAUUCAAUCAAUUUACAGACCCAGGAACCGAGAAGUCGACUCGAAAAUUUCAACCACGAUUUUACCGUGGUCUGCAAUUCUAUUCAGGUUCUGAUAUUCGUCCGCAUCAUCAUCGUGCUUAUCCGUCUCAGCAAUUACCAUCCCAACCAUCUUACGUUGAUCCUCUCGUGCUACUUAACUACAACCAACAACGUCUACCAUCUUAUACCCAUCCAUUGACAUGUAUGAAUCUAAUGCGAGGAUCGUACGUGUUGCCUCAAUCUCAAUAUGUGUAUCUUCCAACUACUCUGACGAACUCGAGCACAGUACCAACAACGGCAACAAACGAAACUAAUGGCGAUGAAGAAGCCAAUCAAACAUCAUCUGAAUCAAUUCCUGAACCAUUAGUUGUCAUUGCAGCACCGCCAGCAUCAAUGUAUUAUCAUACAUUAAUGAAUAAAAAACUCUACAUUGAUUCAGAUCAGCAACAAACACCACAAGCGACUCCAAUUUCAAGUAUAUAUCCGGCAGUUCCUCCUGUUUAUCCCGCAAACUAUUUCUAUCCCACACAUGCACCACAUUUGCUUCCAUCACACCCGGCUUACUUUCAGCCAAUCACGUCACCUUCAUUGUUAAUUGAUACGAAGUUCGAACCAAAUGAUAUCGAUGGUAUUGAAGUCAACGAUGACGAUUAUGAGAAAUCAACAAAACUCUACUCACAAGCACGGCAACAAUCAUCAUCAGAUAUUAUGUCGAAUGCUUUACAACUUGUCUACAGUCAACAGCGACGAAAUGCUCAAACGGAUCGUUUUAAUCUCGAUGACCUAACAGCUUACUUAGCUAUGAAAUGGACAGAGACCGUUGAUCACUAUGAGCAAGGCGAUAAUCGAAUUUUGUUAGUUGAUGAAUGA